UCUCAGUCCCCUACCCUGUUCCUCAUCAUUCAGGCCCCAAGUCCAUCCCUGGAGACAACAGCUGAACCCUGUUGCUUAGCAACCAUGCCUAGUCAAAAUGGGGCUCCAGGCAGCCCUCAGCAAAGGAAUGAUGGACUAUGAAUGCAGUGGGGGGCUCUAAGAGAAUGAGACCUUAAGAGGUACACUCCUCACCCCCAGGGAAGUGGUUGUGUCCAGAGUUGGCAGUGCCCAAGGGUGAGGUAAGAACUGCUUCUCCUAGCACCUGAAGGACUCUUGUUCAAGAAGCAUGAAUUCCUAGCAUUCCCUGCAAAGGGACAAGACUGGGAGAUGGGGGUAGGGGAGAGGGUGCAAGCCCCACCCAGGGCGGUGACCACUAAAGGGAAAGGGACAGACAGGAGCCUAGGAAAGAAGCAGGAUGGCAGCAGGGGCAACGGCUGGAACCUGGGUGCUGGUCCUCAGUCUAUGGGGGGCAGUAGUAGGCGCUCAAAAUAUCACAGCCCGGAUUGGAGAGCCAUUGGUGCUGAACUGUAAGGGGGCCCCCAAGAAACCACCCCAGCAGCUGGAAUGGAAACUGAAUACAGGCCGGACAGAGGCUUGGAAGAUCCUGUCUCCCCAGGGAAGCCCCUGGGAUAGUGUGGCUCGUGUCCUCCCCAAUGGCUCCCUCCUCCUUCCAGCAAUUGGGAUCCAGGAUGAGGGGACUUUCCGGUGCCGGGCAACCAACAGGCAUGGAAAGGAGACCAAGUCCAACUACCGGGUCCGAGUCUACCAAAUUCCUGGGAAGCCAGAAAUUCUAGAUCCUGCUUCUGAACUCAUGGCUGGGGUCCCGAAUAAGGUGGGGACAUGUGUGUCCGAGGGAAGUUACCCUGAGGGAACUCUUAGCUGGCACUUAGAUGGGAAACCCCUGAUACCUGAUGGAAAAGGAGUGUCUGUGAAGGAACAGAUUAGGAGAAACCCUGAGACAGGGCUCUUCACACUCCAGUCAGAACUGAUGGUGACCCCAGCCCGGGAUGGAAAUGCCCACCCCACCUUCUCCUGUAGCUUCAGCCCAGGCAUUCCCAGGCGCCGGGCCUUGAACACAGCCCCCAUCCAGCCCAGUGUCUGGGAGCCUGUGCCUCUGGAGGAAGUUCGAUUGGUGGUGGAACCAGAAGGGGGAGCAGUAGUUCGUGGUGGGACCGUGACUCUGACCUGUGAAGCCCCUGCCCAGCCCCCUCCUCAAAUUCACUGGGUGAAGGAUGGCAUGCCCCUGCCCCUUCCCCCUAGCCCCAUCCUGCUCCUCCCUGAGGUAGGGCCUCAGGACCAGGGGACUUACAGUUGCGUUGCUACACAUCCCAGCCAUGGGUCCCAGGAAAGCCCUGCUGUCAGCAUCAGCAUUACAGAAACUGGAGAGGAGGGGCCAACCACAGGAUCUGUGGGAGGAUCAGAGCUGGGAACUGUAGCCCUAGCUCUGGGGAUCCUGGGAGGCCUAGGGAUAACUGCCCUCCUCAUUGGGAUCAUCAUGUGGAGAAAGAGGCGACGCCAAGGAGAGGAGAGGAAGGCCCCAGAAAACCAGGAGGAAGAGGAAGAACGUGCAGAGUUAAAUCAGUCAGAGGAGCCGGAGGCAGCCGAGAGUGGAACAGGAGGGUCUUAAGGGGACCCCAGUCAGAUCCUGUCCUUCAGUUCCCUUGCUUUUUUCCCUUGAACUGUGCUGGCCCUAAACCCUGUACAAUCUCUACCCCACCUCAACACACUUUCUUCCACAACCAGAGCCCUCCACAAACCAUGCUGAAUAAACACCUGAUACAUCUUGC